ACUCUCGCUCCUACUACUCCAGUACUCUCAAUUUUUUUUCUUUCUCCCCACGGCUGCAGGAUUGCUUGAUUGGUCGAUCAAUUGAGGUUGCUCACGUUCCCUACAAAAGGAUAAAAGAGACGAAAUAAAAUAAGCAUGCGCUCCUCAAAUAUUCUCGCGAAGCUACUUGCGCUCGCUUCGAUCGUUGGAAUUGUUGCAGCCCAAACCUUCUCCAUUGUUCCUCCCCCAACUACGACCGGGACCGGGGCCGGGGCCGGGACCUCUCCUACUACUCUUACCCCCCCGAGGCCGUCGACUCCAACGGGUCCUCCGAGUUCUCCGGUAGCUCCAGUAACUCCAGUAACUCCAGUAACUCCUAGUGGACCGAGCAUUCCCUCCGCCACGACGAACACCACCAGCAGAUCAGCCGGCCUCACGACUGGCCUCAGCAUCCCGUCGGGAAAUUCCACUGGACCGGCUGUUGCUUCCAAGACGGGCGAUACUGCUGGUGGUUCCGGAGAGGAGAAGUCUGGUACCGUUAGCUCACCUACUGGCGGUUCCGGCUCGGGUACAAGCGGUGACGGUUCGGUAUCUCCCGCUUCUUCUUCCAAGCCUGCGACCACCUCUUCCAGUGGUGCCGCGGAUAGGAAUGGUGGAAGCGUGCUCGCUGUGGUGGUGCUUGGGUCGCUCGUGUGGUUCUUGGGAUGAGUGUGAUGGACAAUAAUGUUAGGAUGGGCUAGACGUGUUUUUAAAUGUACUUUUUUGUAAUGGUUAAUAUCGAUUCGUAUUGGGAUUCAAA